GUUGGCUGCUCACACACAGUGAAUUUCAGCAGCCAAUAAGCAAAGGCAAUGUAUCUAUGCAGUCAAAAAUCAUUGACCAAUCAGACGGCAUCGAAAAAACUUAACUGAAUUCGUAUUUUUGUCCACGAGCUGACUUUUCUCUUGCGGUUACAGUUUGCAGGGAUGAUGGACGCACUGUCUGUAGUGAGUCAGUUGCGGGAUCUAGCUUCAGAACCACAGAACCGGGAGGUGAUCGUCCGAGAUCAAGGCUGUCUACCUGGUCUGGUUCUGUUUCUGGAUCACCAGAACCCAGAUGUUCUCUUCGCAACUCUUCAGACCCUACGCUACCUGGCUGAGAUGCCUCCUAACAUUCCUAUAAUGAAGAAUGAACUGGGAAUGAUGGUGAGCCUGGAGAACCUAAUGGAAAGGAACAGUCUGUCUGAUGACAUUACAUCUCUGGCUCAGGAGGUCUACAACAUUCUGUGUAAACCGGUAUUCCGCACACCUGUGCAGGAAAGGAAAAAGAAAGCACAGUUUUUUCUCAAUUCUACCAACAAGAAGGCCAAGUCUGUCACUCUGCACAUUCAAGGACUGGACACUACAGAUCAGAGAGGCUUAUGUGAAGAGGCUCUACUUAAAGUUAAAGGAGUGAUUAGCUUCACAUUUCAGAUGGCUUCCAAGAGAUGCACUGUCCGUAUUCGCUCGGAUCUGCCCACUGAGAGUCUGGCUUCGGCCAUCGCUGCCACUCAGGUGCUGUCAGCCCAGCAGGUUGUAAAAAAUGAAGAAGGAGAAGAGGUUCUGAUCCCUCUGAACACAUCGGGAGUCCAAGUCCAGCAGAACACAGCGCUGCCUGCCUACCUCCCUGAGGAAGAAGAGAGUCCAGAGAAGGAGGUCGACCGAGCCAUCUCACGCACCACGACCAAAGGCGACUCCAGUGGUAGCUGGCUGAACACUGCUGCCAGUUUCCUCACUAAAACCUUCUACUGGUGAAAGAGAAGAACUGGCAAUCACUAAAACUGAGAGACUUAUAUAAAAAAAAGACGACUCCCUGCUGCUGAGUUUUCAGAAGGGACAUCACUGGUGACAUGUCAAAGGUCAAAAGCAAAGCUUGGUCAUGUGUUCCUGGCGAUCAGUUCAAAUAUCAACAUGCUCAGAAGCACUUAACAUGUCAGUGUGUUGGUGUAUUCUGGUCUGGACUGGAUAUAACAAGACCAACAAACUUGAAAUAAUGUAACAGGUUUCUUCCACUUUUCUUUCCACUUUCCAUUUUUAAAGAAAUGUACAUAUUUUUUCUUUUACGUUUUAACUGUCCCUUCUAACUAUGUGUAAAAACACCUCCAAGUCUUUACUAACUAUUCUACUACUAUAGAAUACAAAUGAAAUUCUAUUUGUAUGAA